UAAGCAGGUGUUUACCUCGCAUGUGGAAUCGUUCGCCAAGUCAGUUUGAAUCAGAAUCUCAAUCAGCGCACAACGUCGAAUCAAAUAAGAAGCAACCAUGCCAAUUGAAGUGAACACACCCGAUAAAUUGGAAUACCAAUUCUUUCCGGCCAGCGGUGGCCUCUUCACGUUCAAGGUGCGUUCGUCCAAGGAUGCCCAUCUGGUGCUCGCCUCUGAGCCCCAGGCUACCCCGCCCAUUUACGAGAUCUUCCUGGGCGGCUGGGAGAACAGCAAGUCCGUCAUACGCAAAGAUGGCCAAAAGCCGGAGGUGGCCGAGUUGCCCACACCCGGCAUCCUGGAUGCUGGCGAAUUCCGUGGCUUCUGGGUGCGUUGGUAUGACAACGUGAUCACCGUCGGACACGAGGGCGAGGCGGCGGCAUUCUUGUCCUACGAUGCCGGCUCCCUGUUCCCCGUCAACUAUGUGGGCAUUUGCACCGGCUGGGGUGCCAGCGGCACCUGGCUGAUAGACGAGGUCGCACCCUCAGCACCCGUCCUGGGCUUCACGGAACCCACUGGCAGCGGUCCUGGCUGCUGGGUGGCCGCCGCCAAUGGCGAGGUGCCCCCGAAUGCGCUGCAAGGCGGCUUCGAUAGCAGCGAGCAGCUGUAUAUUGCGCGCGCCCGCCACGAGGGCGAUCUCAUUCCCGGCAAGCUGCAUCCAUCCCACGGCGUCACCUACGUCGCCUGGGGCGGCGGCGAGCACGGCCACAACGAGUACGAGGUGCUCUGCGCCGCCGGCGGCAAUUGGCUGCCCGUCGAGGGCGGUAACAUUCCACCCAAUGCCUUCCCCGCCGGCGAGACGUCCGAGGGCGAGCCCCUCUUCAUCGGACGCGCCACUCACGACGGCACCGUCACCGUGGGCAAGGUGCAGCCAUCGCACGGCUGCUGCUACAUACCCUAUGGCGGCGAGGAGCUGGCCUACAAGGAGUUCGAAAUCUACGUCUCCAACUAGAACGGCUUCCGGAACAGAGGCCACCAUAUAUCGAAUAGUCGCACAUCCUGGUCGAUGCCUUGAGACGCACGCACUGAAUUCAGCUAACGCAACAAUCGCUAUUCCAACGGCCGGCAGCUGAAUAUACUUGGUUCUAUAUAUUUAUUUCUUGUCAAAUGUAUUUCUGUAUUGUUAAUGAAUCUCGAAAUCGAGUAGCGAUUGCUUUUA